AUGAUUCUAAGAGCAGCAUAUGCAUCCAGAAGGAGGGUGCUGAAUGCCUACUCCAGAACAAUUCUGAAAAAUCAAGCUAGCCCUGAAAAUGGCAUAAAACCAAGAGCAAUUUUUAGUAUCCAUUAUAGAUACUUUUCCACACAAAAGGAAUCUGAGGCCAAAGAGAAGCUUGUUAAGGGUGAAAAGGAAGAAAUCCAUUCAAAGGAGGAAUCUAAAUCUACUCCUGAGACAAAAGAAGCUCCUGCCAAGGCUGAAGACCCUGUCAAAGAAAAUACCUUAGAGCAACAGCCACCUUCUCGAGAGUCUGGGUUCUUUAGGAGUAAACUCUUGGGCUAUCUUAUAAUCUUUGGAGGGAUUGGUUUUGUUCUCAAUAAUUCUUUGGAGUACAGGAAAGAAAGCCAUCCUCAUGUACCAACUCAGAGAAAGAAGAUGCAGUCUAAUCCUGCUCUUUAUCUCAAUGAAGAGUCCUUCCAACAAGCUAAGGAUCACAGGCUUAGCCAAAUCAGGAACUCGAUCGAGCAAGAGUUAGAGCAAGAAUAUCAGCUGAUUCCAGAAGGAUAUAAUACUCGAUUCCUCAGAAGGCAACAAGAUCUCACUGGUCAAGUUCAUCAACUACUGGGGCUCGACAAGAUCAAGGAUCCUGAGAGAUAUGAAGAAGCUACCAAAAACAUCAGGGAAGUCAAUCACGAAAUUGAGGAAGCUUUCAAAGGCCUAGAUGCACAGAAAUCCAAGAUUGAAAGGCAGCUGGAAACCCUUGAUAAGCUAAGGAACCUGAUCGAGGGUGAAAUUAAUGAUCUCCAACAGGAGUUCAACAAAGCAGAAACCAAAGUUGAAGAGUACAGAGAAGCUCAUUUUCAGAAUCUAAAGGCUAAAUCUCAGUCCUUUUUAAGAGAAUUUGGCAAAAUAAAGACUGAAAGUGAGUCAGCUGUUCUUUCAUAUCUCAAUAAAGUCAAGGACUUUAUUGAAGAAGGGCAAGAAUGCAUCAAAGAUAUUGAGCUAAACAUUCCUGAAGAUCUUACAAAUGUGGACGAAGAUUCAAGAGCGAGAUAUGUCAGACUCAAAUUUAUGAUCAAGGAAUAUUAUAGAGAUCAUGAUUCUGCAGCCACAAGUUAUGAAAGGUUAAAGGAAUACUUCCAUAAUUAUAAGAAAGGAGACUUUUUGACCAUUGAGAGAGGAACAGAUCAGCUAGCUCAAAUCAGAGCACUUGAGGAUGAGAAGUCCAUUCUGAUGGCAAUGAUCCAAGAAAUGAAAAACGAAAUCGAAAGUACAGCACAAGACAUGGAUCAAAGAAAGAAAAGGAUAGCCAAAAUUAAUUAUAUGAGCACAAGCAAAAAGAUUGACAUUCUUCAAUAUUACAAUGAAAUAGACUCUCUUUGUGCAAAGAUGAACAGAGUAAGACUUGUAGGAGGAAACAUAUCUUCCGACCUCAUGCAGGUCAAAGAUUUCUCCAAAGGACAGGACGAACUACUUUCUACCAUCAUUGAUGACCUCCUCUCCAACGGUCAAACUUCCACUGAUGUUAUAACAGCAAGGAAGCUUGAAACUAUAUUUGCUAAUAACAGGCAUGACUAUUACUGGGAUUGCUUCCAGCGUAAGAAGACCUUGCUAAACCUUUUUGGAAGGACAUCCUAUUACCUCUAUACCUAUUUGAUUCUUGAUAAAUUUAAAUUCGAAAAGAAGUAUUCCAUUGGACACAUUGUCAAGGAUGAUUCAGAGGUCUGACGAGACAUUCGUUUGUUGAAUUAUAUAGAAGAAGCUUUAGCAGAGGGAAAUAUAGAAGAAGCUCACCUUUUCGCCACCCAAGUUUCUCCUAAGAUGGCUGAUAGCUUGAAAGAGUUCAUUGAGCAAUGUGAAUUAUGGAUCAAGUUCCAACUAGCAUGUGAUACAUUGAGAGACCAUUCUGGUAAUUUAGUUGCUCAGGUCUUCUAA